AAAUAAAAAACUCUGAUGAUGAAAAUAACAUAAAAAAACCAUUUUUAGAAUCUGAUAAAAUUAAACCUAACAAUGAAUCACCAAAACAUUCGAAUAAUACGUAUAUAAGUAAACUUAUCGACACACGAGAAAUAGUAAACAAAUUAGAACAAUGUGAAAUUCCUGAUAAUUCAUAA